AUGUCUCCCCACACAUCUCCAAGAGGAACCACAAGCUCGGACCCUGAAUCCUCUGAAACGGGUCUAGAAUCCAUGUUGAGAGAUCUCAUGACCUCUUCUCCAUUUACUACGGCUACUUCUUCAUCGGUUCCCGGUCAAGGUUUAGAUUCCCCGGCUUCCCAGACUGCAGAUCUGGAGAGUCUUCCCAAUACCGAUACUGAGAAUUCGUCUGGAGCAUCUUCGGAUUUUGAGGAUGGAGAUAUGGAUGGAGAUAUAGAGGAAGAAAGUGACUGGAAAUUCGAAGUCACCCCCGAGAUGACUCGCCGAUUAUCCAUCGUUCCCAGUCCAGAAAUCACAAGAAGAUUAAGUCUCGUACCCAUGUCUAUGCCUUCACAUCUUCUCCAAGCAUCUCAAUCUCUCUCUCAAGCUCUGGAAAUGCAGGAACAAGACGAAGAAGCCGUCGACGAAGAAGACGAGAAAAUUACUCUCCCCACCCUCCCAAACGAACUCAAGUUGGAGAUCUUUUCCCAUCUAGACCCCAUCGAUGCCACAUGUCUCGCUCUCACUUCCCGCCAUACAUAUCUCAUUUAUCGCGCUAUUCACGGCACCGCGCUUCCUCUUAAUACCCGCCGCGUCGGACCCAAUAACCUCGAAUACGCAUUCACAAAAUCCACCGAGAAUAUGUGUACGCACUGCGGCAAAGGUCGCUGCGAACUCUGGAUGCACAUUCGAGAGUUCAUGGAGACGGGCCCCUUGCAGAGAGAAUAUUGUGGGAUGAAGGGAAAUUUUGGGGGCAAGGGCAGAGAGGGUGUAGAUGGUUGUUGGAGGGGUAAACCAAGUAAACCGCGUAGAUGCGGAAAGCACCCUGAGCGCACGACGACCGUGAGGGUGGAGGAUGGGGGUGAGAAUCUGGAGAGGAUUAUUAGGGAGGCGAGGGCUGCGGUGGGGGUUUAG